AUGUCAACGUAUUUCCAUAUAUUUUCAGAAUACAAUCAUAAUCGAUUUUUGGUUUUAAAUUUCCUGCUCGCUUUACCCCUGACAUCUACAGCAGACAUUCUUGCCGAGCUACAAAACUUCGGAGAACAAUUAUUUCACAAAGUAUGCGACUCCCAUCCAAAAGAAGAAGAUCAGUUAGUUGGGCCAUUUCCUUUAGCAACACUUUUGAUUCUAUUAUGCGUGAAUGCUGAAAAAGAUUCUGCCUAUGAAAUCACCGACAACUUAGUAUUGGACCGGCAAAACGUUAUAGAAAAAAUUGAUUUGACUGCUGGAGAUACUAUUGAUGGUUGGCCAAGUAUUGAUAUAUGUGAUAUAGAGACACUCAGUUCUAAAACACAUUUACUCUUAUCUACUGAGAUCCAUUUUAAGAGUUUAUUUUUAUACAAUUUCGCCUCUACGGCAAAAGGAGCCUUUUAUACUAUCGAGGGUGAAGAAAUUGGUUUUGAUGUCUUAACUCUUUUGGCAAAUUUAAAAUAUGGCGAAAUUCCUGAAUUAAAGGCAAAUGCUGUUGAAAUACCCUACAGUGAUGGCGAUACUUCCUUAGUGAUUAUAUUACCAAACACUCAGGGAGGAGUAAUAGAACUAGAACAAGAUUUAAAACUAUUUCCUCUCAAUGGAGUUGAUUCAUAUUUAAAGCAUCAAUGGAUAACAGUUGUAAUGCCGAAAAUACACAUUUUUGCUGAGAUAUCGCUAAAAGAAGAAUUAAAAAUGUUGGGCAUGUCCAGAAUGUUUAAUCAUUUGUGCGAUGGUAAAAACAUACAAGUUUUAGAUGUCAUUUCAAAUGCCACAUUUAGUAUUGAUGAAAAAUCAGCUGGACUAGAUCCAUUCUUAGGCCAGGACACCUAUAAUUAUCCGCCUGAAAACGUCUCAGAAUUUCAUAUAAAUCAUCCUUUUAUAUUUAUAAUAAAAUCAUCCUUAAAUGUAAUAUAUUUAUAUGGUAAGCUAAUUAAAUAAAGUGCUUAACAGCUUUUCCU